UCUCUGUGUUAGUUUUCCUAAGACAUCGAAAGAGAAGGUAGGAGGAGCCGGACAGAGAAGUGUGUCUCACUCUUGCUCACUCGCUCCCUCUCUUCUAUUCUGUCAUUGCCAUCUCAGUAGAAAGGAGGCUGUUCGUUUCCCAGCCACGCUGAAUGCAGGGGGGAGCCGCACUCUUUUGACUUGGCAUAGGUCAGAUUUCACAGCGGAUUAUUGUUUUUCUUCAUAAUUAUCAAAGGAAAAGCAAAAACACCAAGAAAGGACAAGAUACUUCUUCAUUCUUUAUUUUUUUCCUUUUUUCCCCCUAACUGAGUCUGCUACGUGACAGCUGGUUUUGCCACUGGACUCUUUCCUGGAACAAUCUGUGAGGUUAUUUCAUUUUCCAUUCUUCCUCGUUAUUUUGCUUUUAUUGGUACUUUGAGAGAAUUAUACUUGAAGCACAAUGGUUGCUGGAAUGCUGAUGCCCCUCCAGGACCUGAGGGCCAUUUAUGAGCUCUUAUUUCGAGAUGGGGUCAUGGUGGCCAAGAAGGACACGAGGCCUCAAACAAAGCACUCUGAGAUAUCAGCUGUGAGCAAUCUGCAAGUAAUCCGUGCAAUGGGUUCCUUGAAGUCUAGAGGGUAUGUGAAGGAAACAUUUGCCUGGAGACAUUUCUACUGGUAUCUCACCAACGACGGCAUUGUUUACCUGCGUGACUACCUCCGCCUUCCCCCUGAGAUUAUUCCUGCCUCCCUGCAGAGGGUUCGAAAGCCAGCUGCCAUUGUACCCUUUCCUCACCGGGCAGCACGGGUCCAAGCCGUUAAAGGUCCUACAACUUUUGUUCCUAAACCUGGACAAAGGUCUGAAGCAGAGAGCCAAGAGUCACUGCUUGAGCGUCAAGGCUACCGCCAUAAGAUGAUACAACCCAAAGAAAAAGAGAGCGCCUCUGAUAGAGCCCCCAGGUUCAGGGGUCAUCAGCUGGGGGUUGAAUCGGUCAAACCAAGAGGAUCGUGGGAAAUAGAUGAUCAGGCUCAGCCAUUUGGCCAUGGGAAGUUAACGAGCUUCAGCAGUAGUGAUGAAGCAAUGAUUAAAGAGAAGAGCCAGCUGAAAAAAGUCUCUCAUCAGUCUGAUGCCAGCAGUGAGAAACCAACAACAUCACAGGAGAAAAGACUUUCUGAAGUGCAAAAGGAGAAGAUUCAGAAAGCAGUUUUUAUCCAGGAUGUGUCACACAGCUUUCUGACCUCAGGUGUGACAGCAUCAAAGAUGAUAUCUGAAGUUCCUAUUUCCAAAAGGGAUAAACAGAAGUCUACUAACACAAAUGAGAUGAUACCCAUAAAACCCAGUGAAAUGGUCACUACCAGUUCUGUUUUCAUGUCCUCCCAUACAGAGGUCAAACAAGAGAAGACUAAGGGAAGCAUCCAGACUAGGGAUCCCGUAUCUGCAGAGGUUGUGGUUGCAGCUGAAACUACAGCUGCUAAAGCAAAGUCCCAGGUAGAAACCACUCAUCUCGUUGACCAUGUCACCACUAGUUCCGAAAUUGCAAAACCCAUUAAUAUAGAUAUCAGUGAAAAACAGGCCAAAGGAAAGGUGAAUGACAAAUCUAGAAAAGCUGAAGGAAUAAAAGCCACAGUUGAACCUAAAGUAGAUCCUGUGAAAGCCAAGAAAGCUACCAAAGAAAUUAUAGUUCUGGAGAACACCAAAACUCUACCUGAAAGUACCACCAGCAAGCCCAUAAUGUCUGUUGAGGAGAACCCCAGAGCUCUCCCUGAAAAUACCACCAGCAAGCCAGUAAUGUCUGAAGGUACCACCAGCAAGCCAACAGUGUUUGCUAAAGAGAACACCAGAAGUCUACCUGAAAGUACCACCUUCAAAUCAGUAAUAUCUGUUGACAGGAAUUCCAACACGCAACCUGAAAGUACUAUGAACAUGCCAGUAAUGUCUGUUGUUUGUAAUGCCAAGACUCUACCUGAAAGUACCAUCAGCAACCCAACAGUGUCUGUCGACGAGGACACCAGAACACUGCCUGAAAGUACCACCAGCAAGUUAGUAAUGUCUGUUAAUGAGAACACCAAACCUCUACCUGCUCGUAACACUUGUAAGCCAAUAACAUCUGUUGAUUUGACCAGAACUCCACCUGAAAGUACCACCAGCAAUCAAACAGUGUCUGUUAAUGGAAAUACCAAAAUUCCACCUGAAAGUAUCACCAGUGAGCCAACAACCUCUUUUGAUUUGACUAGAGAUCCACUUGAAAGUACCACCAGCAAGCUAACAGUGUCUGCUGAAGUGGUGGAAGAGUUCUCAGUCAUUAAAGUGACUCAGCAGCCCAUUAAUACUGAAGUGUCCUCAGUUAAUUUCUCAGCAGAAUGUCCAACUGAUGAACUGCCUCCCAAAAAUACUACAGUGUCCAUGUCCCCGGUACUUGAAGAUAAAACUUCAGUGGUUCUCUCAGCACCUGGGACCAGUGCUGAGGUUACUAAACCAAUCAAGGAGAAAAUUACAGAAGUGAGCGUGAUUACUGAACGGAAGACAUCAGAUGUAAAAAUGACUCGUGAUUUCAAAAAUGAAGAAGAAAUGUCAGAUGAGGUUUGCAAAGUUCCAGAUGCUAAAGUACCCCAGCUGCUGCAAACAGGCUUCUCCUGUCCUCCGCUUGUUCAUGAUGUCUCCACGGAGAUGGUUAUCCAACCCAAGCAAGCAACUGAAGGAAGCUCUAACUCAAAGAGAAAGAAAAAGAAAUCUCAGACAUCCAAGACUAUCGGUGCUGAGAAAGCACCUGACACAAAGGUGACUCUGGAAAAACCUUCUGAAGGUGAGGCCAGUAAAGAGAGAGAAGAUAAAACCCUCCAAGAAAUAACUGUGAUUACCUCAGAGAUGACUACCAACACAUUACCUGUAGAGAAGAAGAACUUGGAGGGUGAUGUUGAUAAGAACCCAACAAAGGAAGCCCUGACACAAGCUGAAUUGGUGUCUACUUUUGAGGGAGCAUCACUACCACUAGACCAGAGCUCAGCAGUGCCCCCAGUGGAGUUUCCGGAUGAUGCACAAAGAAUUAAGGGAGUUGAGGAAAGCCACACCAGCAAAAUUACACAGGAGCACUUAUCUCCCAAGGAUGGGUUGAAAGCUAAAUUACCCCCCAGUGAGGCGGUAAUAUCUGAGAAAAUAACAGUGCUGGAAAAGAAAACAACUGAAGUAGAGAUCAGGAAACAAGGCCUUAGUUCUGGAGAUAAAAGCCCUGCACCAGCAUCCCAGAAAGAAGCGGUUCAACCUGAUCCGAAAACCCCCACAAGUGCAGCCAAAAGUGCACAAGAAACAUCAAAGAGUAAGAAGAAGAGAAAAGGAAAAAAACAAGCCGAGGAGCCUGGAUUGGAAUCCAUAAAGACAAUUCCUGUCCAUCUGAAUGAAGCAGAACCACGGCCAUCCACUGAGGUCCCACCACGGCCUCAGACCGAGGUCAAACACACCUCUGACGUUGCCACUGCACUGACAGACACAAACACUCCUCCACAGAUCACUCCUGAAAGAAUGUGCAUGCGAGGGAAGCACCCGCAGCCGGAGAAUUAG